UGUUUAGUACUUCUAUCUCAACCGCUUAAUUUACCACCUUCUUGGUUCACCUUAAUUUGAUGCAAUCCAAGAGUCAGGAUGGAAUAGCAGUGGGAAGGCAGCCACAAAAGUGAGCCUGAGGGACGAGCUGCACAAGGUGGAUUAGGAUCUGCUGACCGCGGCGAGGUCAGGCCAGGUGAUGGAGGAGGAUCUGCAGCUGGCAUGCCACCGCACAGGCUCCAGAAAGGGGCUCAGUGAAUAUAAGAGAAACUUCAAAUGGAAAAGCCCAGAGUUUUGUAGCCCUUCCCAGCAGCAGAAGUGCCUGUGGGCCGGACUGCGGUCGGAUCAGUUCGGAAUUGCAAGGGAACCAAAAUUCAUUUCCAAGAGAAGGGUACCUUACCACAAUCCACAGAUUUCAAAGUUCUUUGAAUGGACAGCAGAUUGUGAUUUGAAUGACCCACUUGAAGCUGAAGCUGUUACGACUGCAGAGGGUCACACAGAUGACAAUAACAGUGCUGUGAAUCAGGAAAAAAUUGAAACACCAGAAGGACCCAGACUCCCCCCAAAAGUUCAGUCACAUUCAGUAGAUUGUAGAGGUGAAACAGCUUUUGCCCUUGCAGAAAACAACAUGAAGAGAUCACCUUCUGCAGCUCCACCAAAUCAAAAUGAAGCAUUUUCAUCUCCAAAAAAGGAAUUAGAAAAAAUGGGUAAUGGGCUUCACAGAGAUCUUCAGAGGAAAGCAGGCAUGAAUAUUUAUUUAAAUACUUUCCCCAGAAAUUCUGAAUAUCAAAGCCAGUUUGUUUGGAAGAGCCCUCAUGAAAAGUCACCAAUACUUGCGGCUGAAGAGGUUAUUUGCAACACAAGUAAAUCCAUGCCUCCAUCUAAAUCUCCUGCAAUUGCUUCUGAAACUGCAUAUGAGAGGAAUUUCAAAGAGUCUUCUCCUGUUAAAGGUCCACAAGACAGAGAUGGUUCAGAAGAGAAAGAAUUUCCAGUUUGUGAACAAAAUAAGAGGGAAGAACCAUUUCAAAAGCCAGCAGAAGAUGCAGCAAAACAAGGGAAAUCAGAACAGAAACAUCCUAAACAAAAAAAUAAGCAACAUACCAAUCCAAAGCCCUUCUCUGUACAUGCAAGUCGUGGGAAGAUGAACACUGAAUAUAGGUCAAAAUUUUUGUCUCCAGCCCAGUAUUUCUACAAAGAUGGAGCUUGGUAUCGUAUUAGGAGUAAAGUUCCCAACCAGGCAUCUCAAAACACCCUAAAUUCCAUGUGGUAUAUGGAGGUGAGAGAACUUCGAGAAAGAGCAAAGGCUUACAGGCAACGAGUAGAGGGAACACACUUCUCCCGAUAUCAUCUUAAUCAGAUCCUGUCCGAUAAUAACAGUCUUUGGGAUGUGUCCUCAAAUUCCAGUUCAGAAGAAGGCAUCAGCCACAACAUCAGAGCACUAGAUCUUGCUGGAAUUUCUGAAAAAGAGACUGCACCAAGCCCCAGAACUCUGCAGCAACCUGACUCCCAAGAACAGCCACACCAGGACAGCACUGAGAAGAAGGACAUGUCAGAUGCUUUAACUGUUCCUGUCAAAAGGCGUUUAGUUUGGAGUGAACAAGAAGGUACUGAAGAAAGGGAGAAUCAACAAUCAACAGAAAAGGAAGAAGACCAAGAUGAACAGACUGCAGUCGUGGCUCAGCAGUUAGAAGAGAAGAAUAAGGAUGCCAGUGAAGAUAAGAAAAUUGAAGGUGAGAAUGCCUUAGUAUUGAAUUCUUCUGCAGCUGUGUCAGAUUCUUCGUCUGUAUCCUCGAGGACAGGCGGCAGGCUUCCUACUCCAAAGCUGAGAGCACUUGGUGGAGCUCAGAGGACUCAUCAUGAUCUCACUACCCCAGCCGUUGGAGGUGCAGUUCUAGUAUCUCCUCCAAGAUGCAAGUCUUCAUCUUCACAGUGGAGAACACAAGGUUUAGGAACAGAGCCUUCUUCAGCUAAGCAAGGUGCAAGAGAAGCUUCAAAAAGAAGGUCCUUCCAGCCUGGUGUGGAAGUGAAAGCUGCUUCACUCCUUACCUCUCCACCUGCUGGGCUGGGAACUAUGGAUCCUCUGCCACUUAGGCAGCAUCAGUGGUCUCCUAACAGUGUUACUGAUGAGCAAGUUCCUCUUGCUGCAGCCCAUCAAGAGCAUUCACCUACAUCUCCUGUGCUGAAGACAGCCAAAAGCUGCUCUAUGCCUUACUGGAGUCCCUCUCGUCGUAUUCAAGGGACUCUCAAGGAUCCAGAAUUCCAGCAUAAUGGGAAUGUUGGCAAUCCAAAAAUGAGAUCUUUCCAGUUACCCCUUCAGGAAAGAAACUAUAAUGAUCAAGAUGACAGGUUGUCUCAGAUUUCUGCUCGCUCGGCAGCAUCUAGCUCUCUUGCAUCUCAGAUACUGGAACGAGCUCAGAAGAGGAAGGAUUUCUGGGGCAAGACAUAAUACCUCCCACCUGUUGUACAGAAGCUGUUCUGUAAAAUUAUUUUUUUUUUUUUUUAUAGUUUGUAGUGUACAUUUCAAAGAAUUGUCAUUGUAGAUAUCAUGUAGCAUCCUUUCACUUAUGACUAAUGUGGCCCAACGCUUAGGACUUGCCAUCCCAAUGUAAAAUUUCAAUAUUUAAACCAGUGUUAAAAAUGUAGGUCCUUUACAUCUGAGAGUUAUGUCUUAAUUCAUUAUAUCACAACAGCCAUGUGGGGUUUUAUUUUUUUUACAGUGGCACCUCUUGAAACAGAGAUAAUUAUUUUUUUAUGCAACCUGCGUGUUACUUUUCAAGGUAUUCUGCUGCAGCUGUGCAGUAUGACCUGGGACAGUAUUCAGGGGCAACACCAUCAUUCACCAAACACCUCCCUUGAUUUUAACCAGCUAUCCGUGGUAUGUUUGUUUAUGUUACUUUAUGAAUUGUCAGUACAACACAGUGCUGUAACAAAAGGUUACUACUUACUGGUACUUUUAACCUGUUACCAAAAAAUUAUUUCUUAAUGAAGCUAGCAUGGAACAUACAGGAGUUUAAGAAAAGGACACUUAAGUGCUAGGGUUUGUUCACGAUCCACAUUUUUUUGGCCAGCAUGACUGUUACAAUUCAAUGUGUACAGUAUUGCAGUUUGUCAGAUGUACUGAUGUGAACAUUUGUCUUAUUGUGGGCAAGAUCUGUGUUCGGUGUUAAUUUCAACUUCUGUAGAAAAAGCAACCUCAGCCACCUUAAACAGUGGCCUCCUCCAGCCCCACUUCAAACUCAGGGAUUUAGGAGUAGUUGAUCUCUGAAAGUAAAUGCAGAAGAAUGUUUUUUUCUUGACUUUGACAUUUUAAUUACCUCUCCUCCUAGUUCCCUGGUUUUGGGAGACUGACAUACUGUUGUGUCAGUCACAUUGUCACAGUGAAAAAUGUUUGUGAUUUAUGCUGACAGCUUGUUUUAUCUUUCCAAGUGAUGCAAACAAUUUAACAUGAAGUAGAGGAAAUAGGUAGCUAGCAGGCAGUUUGGUUCUUCUUGUGUGGCUUCAGGUUCUAAUAUUACUUAAUUUGGAAAUUUUAUACAAGAAAUAUUUUAAUUUUGUACACAUUUGUUCACAUUUUGAUUUUGUAUACAAUAAUGUAUGUGUAUUACUGAAAAUAAAAAAGGUUGUUUGAUUUGUU